AUGGUGCGGUACGCCAAGCGGCCAUGGUUUACACCAAUCGGCUUCAUGAACUACGCCCCGCAUUCGUAUGCGCCGCUCAUGAUGGUCAUUGGCGUGGCGGCGACGUUUCCAUUCCGAUAUAAGAUAUCCGAGUACUUUGAGCGGCAAAGAGAUGGCCCACAUGUCGAGCUUCGCCGCAAGGCGGUGUUGUAUUACAAUGAAAUGGAACGAAUGCAUCGUCGACAGGCGCUGCAGAAUCAAUACAGUGUACAGGACGACGAUAGCGGCCACCGGAUGUCGGCAACUCUGCAAGGCGAGGCACUACGAAUGGGCCACGUGGAUCAGGAAUACAACUACUGGCACGCCCACCAGCGGGACGCCCUGCGCGCGGAGAAGCUGCUUUCCGAAGUAAGGGAACUGCAGGCCCGCCUGGGCGAAGCGUAG